AUGCCUCCUCCACCACCACCACCGCCGCCGCCGCCGCCGCCCGGUGGCAUGGGAGGACCCCCUCCCCCUCCUCCUCCAGGAGCUCUCCCGAGUAGGCCAUCAGGCGCAGAGGCGAAAGGCCGGGGUGCCCUUCUCUCGGAUAUCCAUAAAGGCACACGACUUAAGAAAGCUGUAACCAAUGACAGAUCAGCGCCUCAGAUUGCCGGGGGAGGCGCGAAAUCAUCUGGUCCUCCGAUCGCAGGUGCACCGCCCGUUCCAACCAUGCCGAAACCCCCGGGUUCGGCACCACCGGUACCCGGGCAAGCAGUGAACAGACUACGAAGUGAUAGCGGAGCUGGUUCAGGGGGGGACAAUAGUGCGGCUUUACCGGCAGCUCCACAGCUGGGAGGUCUCUUUGCCGGAGGUAUGCCCAAGCUACGCAGCCGAGGAGGAGUUGAUACUGGAGCCAAUCGAGAUUCGCCAUAUCGAUCUGAAUCACAAGGCUCGUCGGCACCGAAACCUCCAGUGUCGCCUGCUCCGAAGCCUCCAGGAGCUCGUCCUCCUCCGCUGCCUUCUUCAGAGUCUCCUCCCGCCCCUCCUGUUAACGCAUUGGUUGCUGGUCUAAAGAAGCCUCCCCCAAGGCCUGCCUCGCGGCCAUCAUCUACUGCCUCAAAUGCAUCGGCCAGGUCGGCUCCAGAUGUUCCGCCACCUCGCGCACCACCAGCGUUGCCAGGUUCAGCAAAACCACCUCCACCACCACCCGUGUCCUCUAGGAAACCAUCAACGCCAGCUCCCCCUCCUCCUGCACCCCCUUCUACAAGUCCAGCUGCACCACCUCCACCUCCACCUACAGCCCGACCACCGCCCCCAGCGCCUGCGCGAUCUACCCCUCCUCCUCCACCACCACCGCCUCCUGCAGCCUCGGCACCGCAACCACCUAACGGAACCGCUGCUGCAUCAAUAGCUGUCCAAGCUGCGAGGAACGCUUUCGGGCACAGUCAGCAGACACCGUCAGCCCCGCCUCCGCCCCCACCCGCUUCAUCCGCGCCUUCAGCGCCGCCUCCACCUCCUCCGAGUGCUCCCCCAAGUGCCCCUCCAAGUACCCCUCCGAGCCAGCCACCAUCCCGCCCAUUAUCCCACGAGCCUCCAGCUAGUCACAUCCCGGAUCGAUCCACAUUAGAUCCGAGCGCUUAUACCCUGAGCAACGGCGGGCCGUCAUCAGGGUCGAGCCCUCUAAGUUCAGCAGCGCACGGGGUGAUCCGUGUAGAAGAUGUUCGGUUCAAGUUCCAGAGCGAAGGUUUAUUCCCCAAGCCUCGGCCUUUUGUCGGAGGCCCCAGACGAUACCGUGCUGGACGAGGCAGCAGCGUGCCAUUGGAUUUGAGCGCAUUGAGUGGCUAG